UGCCUGGAAUGCAAGAAAUGAGGGAAUGCAAUGAUGGGGGGAUCAUUUUGACUCUUUAUUUGCCCUUAUUUUUAUGGCGAUUUUAAUUUUAUGUCUUAGGUAUGGUGAUAAUAUGAUAUUUUGUUUCUAUGACCUUUUUUUUGGGCAAGAGAGGUAAGGACGGCCCACCAGGACCCUAUGGUUUGGAAGGAGAACGGAGAAAAGGGGAGACAAGGAUAUGAUGGAUUACCAGGAGGAACAGGCAGAACUGGAGACCCUGGUUUUCAGGGGAUGAGGGGUCCAGAAGGAGAUCCAGAUGGUGCGAGUCAAGGUCGUCCUGGACCCAGAGGUCGACCUGGUGACCCUGGCCCACAAGGUCUUCCAGGAUUCCCGGGAAAUGACGGUCUAGAUGGUCAAAUGGGACGUGAUGGUCCCCCUGGCCUACCGGGGCCUGUUGGGAUACCUGGGAGGAGAGGACCUGUUGGAUUCUCCUAUCCAGGAGACAAGGGAGACCAAGGUGGCUUUGGUCUUGAUGGAGUGCCUGGAUUGCCUGGAAUACCUGGAUUAAAAGGAGUGCCAGGAGAUUUGGGACCACCUGGAGAAACGGUUCAAGGAUACACUGGUGAACAGGGCCAAGUAGGAAGACCUGGUCUUGAUGGACUUCCUGGUACUAGGGGAGAACCUGGUCCUGAGGGAUUUCCUGGUAUCCGUGGAGAUGGUCUGGAUGUUACUGGUCCAAGAGGUCCUUCAGGAUUUCCCGGAGAGGAGGGAGAUCCAGGAAUCCCUGGAGAGGAUGGGCGUGAUGGAAUCCCAGGAGAAAGAGGUAGAAGAGGUGACGACUGUGGGGUUUGUCCUGGGGGUGAGCCUGGUUUUAGGGGAGAUCCAGACGAUCCCGGUUUUGAUGGACUUCCUGGACAACCAGGUCAACCAGGUUUCCCAGGACAACCAGGAGAACCGGGCAUACCUGGAAUACCUGGUCAAAAGGGCAUACCAGGUUCAGAUGGUUUUCCUAGAGAAGUUGGAAGGGUUGGACCUAAAGGUGAGCCUGGGGAUUUGGAAGUCCCCUUCACUCUAAGAAUGAAGGGGAAGCCUGGCGAGCAGGGACCAAGGGGACCAGUUGGCAGAGCAUGAUCACCAGGAUCUGGUGGCCCCCACAGACCCCCAGGUUUCUCUGGGAUACCUGGAGAAAGGGGUAUUGUUGGAGACCCAGGACUAAAGGGCUUGGAUGGUUUGCCUGGACUACAAGGGGAAGAUGGUCUGCCUGGUGAAUUUGGAGAUUCCAUUCCUGGAGAAGUUGGAUGUGCUGGACCUAAGGGAUUUCCUGGACUGGUUGUGAGGGCCCCCCUGGAUUAAAAGGAGAGGAGAUGCUUUACCGACAAUGCAAAUGAUGGUUGAUGGAGUAGUUAGAACUAGUGUUCCAGAUCUGAGAUACAGGUUAAGGGGGAAUGUCACAGUGGUUUUAAAAGUUAUUCAUCUCUACUGACAGUGACUGUAGGAGAGGUGAAGAGGUGGUCACUUUCACAUGAUGAAAAAUCUACCGCUGAUUUCAAUAUCAGAAACUUGAAGUUUACAGGCCAGUCUUUAGAGAGCUUGUUAGGGUGGCAUGGAGGAGAGCUCUUAGUGGAAUGGAAAAAGUCUGCUUUACAAGAUACAAAUUUAGGAAUAAUUUGUGUUAAGAACAUGAUCAUUUUCACGUGUUUGAAGUUGGACAGAGAGCAUUUAUCAAACUUAGCACACGGUCAUUCAGUGGAAAAUGAGAGAAGUGUAAUCUGCUACUCAAAGCCUUACAACUUCUUUGUUAGAAAAGAUCAAGAAGAAAUUAGGGAUACACUGUUUCAUCUUGGUUUGCUCUGCAGACUUGGAAGUUUACACCUGCUUCAGGAUUAGCAACACAUUUUGCUUUUUUGUGUUAUUAAGACCUUGAAUACAGCUCAAACAUUGUGAAUAAGUGCAUUAACAUGUUAAUGAAAAGUGUGAUAUUAAGUAGAAAAUAAAAUGAUUGGAGAAAUCAUUGUGCACAGAAUCAGGGAAAUAUUCUAGAAGACUUUUGAAAACAAACGAAAGCAGAAUACAUUCUAGAUAAGGUGACCACAAGAUGAACUGUGCCAUGUAUAAUUAUUUCUAACCAUUGUAUCUUUUUGGUUGUUGAAAUAUUGAAAUUAAAUACUGUAUUUCUUAGCAUAAAAUAAUAUUGAAUAAAAAUAAA